AUGUUAAACCAUGUUAUUAUCCCAUUCAAUUACACUCAAUGGUUUGACUAUUCCCAAAUGACGUUUUUUCUUCAAAACAAAUCAACUUUUUCUUUAUUAAAUUCUUUAAAUUUAAAAGUCAAAAACAAACACAUCUUUAUGCAUCAUUUAGAAAUAAGUAGGUGUAACGAAUCAACUAUCAAUUCUCUUUUAAAUUCUAUUGAAACUAAAACUAUUAAAUUUAUAGAUUGUAAUAUUUCUUUCAAUAAAAUCAAUUUUUAUCCUCUUCAAAUGUUAACUUCUCUUUGGAUUAAAAGAAUGAAAUCUUUAGAUCUUCUUCUACUCAAUGAAAUGAAACAACUAAAAUCUCUUCGUCUUGAAUACAUUGAAGAAACAAAAAACGUUAAAUCUUUAUUACAAACUAAUUAUCUAAAAGUUCUCAUCAUCAAAAAUUGUCAAGGAAUUUAUCUAAAAACAAUCGUUAAAUUAAACCACUUACUCACACUCGACUAUGACCAAAGAGAAUUACCUCUUAAACGACCUUUCAAUAAAUUCCUCAACAAAUUAAAUCUAUAUCAUAAUAACGAAUUUAUUAAAUAUUAUAACUAUCUCAGAAAAUUACCAAAUUGCACAUAUAAUUCUGUUCAAGUCAAUUUCAUUCAUCCAUCAUUAACUGACAAUUUCUAUUAUUUUAAUCAUAAACUUUAA